AUGACGAAGGUUGAGCACAAAGCUGUUUUGAUUGUCAUCGAUGGAUGGGGUAUCCCGUCCGAAAGCUCUCCUCCACAAGGCGAUGCCAUUGCUGCCGCCGAAACUCCUGUCAUGGACGGGUUUGCCAGAGAAGGCUCCAAAACCGCCCAAGGCUACACCGAGCUCGAGGCCUCCUCCCUCGCCGUUGGUCUUCCUGAAGGCUUGAUGGGAAACUCUGAAGUCGGCCAUCUCAAUAUUGGUGCAGGCAGAGUGGUGUGGCAAGAUGUUGUGAGGAUUGAUCAGACGAUCAAAAAGCAGGAGAUGAACAAGAUUCCCAAUAUCAGGAAGUGCUUCCAGCGAGCGGUUGACGGCAAUGGCAGACUUCAUCUCCUUGGCCUGAUCAGUGAUGGAGGCGUCCACAGUCACAUCAACCAUUUGUUCGCGCUCCUUCAAGUCGCCAAAGAAAUGAAGGUGCCCAAAGUUUUCAUUCACUUUUUCGGCGACGGCCGAGACACUGAUCCCAAGAGUGCCGCUGGUUACAUGCAACAGUUGCUCGACAAGCUCAACGAACUUGGCAUCGGUGAGCUGGCUACGGUAGUAGGCCGAUACUACAUCAUGGAUCGGGACAAGAGAUGGGACCGCGUCGAGAUUGGCAUGAAGGGCAUUGUGCUCGGCGAAGGAGAAGAAUCAUCCGAUCCCGUUGCCACGAUCAAGGCUCGGUAUGAAAAGGGCGAGAAUGACGAGUUCCUCAAGCCCAUUAUCGUUGGUGGCGACGAGAGGAGGAUCAAGGACAAUGACACCCUAUUCUUCUUCAACUAUCGAUCUGAUCGGGUCAGAGAAGUCACGCAGCUUUUGGGUGAUUACGAUCGAUCUCCUAAGCCCGAUUUCCCCUAUCCCAAAGGGAUUGAAAUUACCACCAUGACGCAGUACAAAACCGACUAUACCUUCCCGGUCGCUUUCCCGCCUCAGCACAUGGGCAAUGUGCUAGCCGAGUGGCUGGGCAAGAAAGGUCUGAAACAAUGUCACGUCGCCGAGACGGAGAAGUAUGCCCACGUGACGUUUUUCUUCAACGGAGGGGUUGAGAAACAAUUCGCGGGCGAAGAUCGAGAAUUGAUACCCAGUCCCAAAGUGGCAACAUACGAUCUCGACCCUCCUAUGAGCGCUCAGAAGGUGGCUGACAAGCUCAGCGAAAGGAUAGCAGAUCGAAAGUACGAUUUCUUGAUGAACAAUUUCGCACCCCCGGACAUGGUUGGGCACACGGGGGUCUACGAGGCGGCGAUCAAGGGAGUGGCCGCCACAGAUGCUGCCAUCGGAACCGUGUACGAGACGUGCAAGAAGGAAGGCUAUAUUCUCUUCGUGACCGCCGAUCAUGGCAACGCCGAGGAAAUGUUGAACGAGGAGGGCAAGCCCAAGACGUCUCACACAACGAACAAGGUUCCUUUUGUCAUGGCCAAUGCACCUGAAGGAUGGAGCUUGAAGAAACAGGACGGCGUUCUCGGAGAUGUCGCACCAACAAUUCUCGCCGCGAUGGGAAUCGAUCAGCCCGAGGAAAUGGGCGGAACGAGCUUGCUGGUCAAGAAGUAA